CAUUUCCGUGCGGCGCGGGGCGGAGCUGGGUCGCGCUCGGGCUGGCGAUGGCGGCAGCGGCAGGGCGCUCUGGAUCGCAAUCGCCGCUCGCUGCGGCGGCGCGGCUAGGCCGCUCCGUAGCAGUCGCCCCAGCAGCUCGCCUGGAGAGCGUGCGGGCACUGACGGAUCUGCUCCGGGAGCCGCAGCUCAGAGAAACAGCAGAAGAAAGUGUAUUUCAGGAUCUCCUCAAAAUCCUGACCGAAGCCUUGAAUGAAAUUGAACAGGCCUACAAGGACUCCUGUGAACUGCUGGAUUUAGACACCUGUCUGUUGCUCGUAGCAGAAUGCUUCAGAUGUCUGAGGAACGCCUGUGCUGAGUGUGCCAAGAAUCAAGAUGUCAUGAGGAACUUGGGUCUCAUCACUACAUCUGUCCGUUUCAUCAAACUGCUUGAUGGAAUACAAAUCAAAGAAGAACUGUUACUGACUGCUUUUCGUUGUAGCCUCCAGUUUCUUGGAAACAUUGCAACAGGAAAUAGAGAUUCCCAGAAUAGCAUUUGGAAGUGUGCUUUCCCAGAUCUCUUCUUGACCUGCCUAACUUACAGUGAUGAGAAAAUUGUUGCCUAUUGUUGUAUGGUCUUGUUUACCUGCCUUAAUUCAGAGAAAGUGAGAGAACUACUGGAUCCUGAGAAAUUGACUGUGGCUCUUCAUGUCCUGAAAGUCUACAAAGAGCAGUUGGAGUCUGAGUGGUCGUUCCUGAUUGUUACAGACCAUUUGCUGAAAUGUCCAGAUCUGGUAAAAGUCCUCUAUGCCAAACUGAGCAAUCAAGAAAGAGUUACUUUGUUAGAGCUGAUAAUGUCAAAAGUGAGUGAGAAGAACUCAGUUACCAGCGAAGAAAUGAAUGUGUUCAUGAGAAUUGCUGACUUCCUUGCAAGCUGUUUCCGAGAUAAAUGUGAAGCUGUACUCAAGUUAACAUCUGCAGCAGAUGCAGAAGAUGAGGAAGCUCUGGUUACAGUUCGACUUCUUGAUGUUCUUUGUGAAAUGACAUCAAACAACGGCCAACUAGAGCAUCUACAGGCUUUGCCUGGUUUGCUUGAAACAGCAAUAGAUACCUUGAGAUUAACUCAUCUUGCUGGGAAACAGUCUGUAAAUAUUUUCACUGCUACACAUGCAAUGACAGGGCAAGAAGAAAUUUCACAUCCAGCUGUGGGUUUUAAAUCUCAUCUCAUUUGUUUGAUUGGAAAUUUGUGUUACAAAAGUAAGGAAAACCAAGACAAGGUAUAUGAGUUAGAUGGCAUUCCCCUGAUCCUGGACAACUGCAGCAUUGAUGACAACAAUCCUUUUGUGAACCAGUGGGCAGUAUAUGCUAUCCGAAAUCUCACUGAACAAAAUGAGAGAAACCAAGAGCUUAUUGCACGGAUGGAGGAGAAAGGACUGGCCAACAAUUCAGUCCUUGAGCGUAUGGGUUUAGAGAUAGAGAAACAAGAUGAUAAGUUACUUCUGAGAUCUGUCAGAAGAAAGCCUUUGUGAACAAAAAAUUAAGAACAGUCAAAUCAUUAAAAGAUUUCUCAUUUGAAAUAUUUUCCCUGGUGAGACAACCAAGGCUUCUUCAAUUUUAUUUCCAGUUGAUUGGAUGCAUUCUGUUCACUCUCAGAGAAAUCACCAAACAAUUGUUCUCCCUCACUGUUGUAAACAAAAGGACACUUAAGCUUUUUCUAAAUACAUAGUGCAUUUUUACAGUAUAGUAAUUUACAGUAUACAGCAUAGUACAUUUUUUUUCUAAAUACAUGUGUGCCAUACCUUGUUCUGGUAGUCAAGAAAUGUAAAUGAAUUUAUGGAAAAAAUCCUUCUUUUCAGAUGAUUGAAAUUUCACUACUUUCCCAUUUCAUUAGUAGAAAGAUGUCAUGCCUGCAAUACUGAGUUGUUAUAAUUUCCAUUGCUGAACCUGAAGGUAACUAUCAUUAAAAACACAGCAAAAAUAACUGCCUUGUAAUUUGCCUUCUGUGUUCAAAAGAUCUAUGCUGAAUCAGGGCAAAACAAUGAAAGUUGCUUGUCUUCUCUCAUGAUGCUUAAAUAGCUAUGUUAUAUAAAGAACCAUGGAACACUGGAUGUGCGUAAAUAUUUAGUGAAUUAAACAACAUGCCUUCAGCAAUUUAAAUUGUUAGUAAAAUGUCUUUUUACCUUGA